ACAACACCCCAAUACACGAAUCACCAGAUUACUCUCUCUCUCUCUCUCCAUUGCAGAACCCCCGAAGAACAAAAAGACAAAGGAACAAACUUUUCACAUCAAGAGGGGAAAGAAAGAAGAAGAAACAGUGAUCCCAAGAAAUGGGCACAUCAGUAAUAGCCGAUUAGUUGUUUGAGAGGAUUCAGACAGGGACAAUAUAUAGCUCCAUCCCCCGGGCAUCUUGUGAAGAUGAAGAAAGGGGCGAUAGAAGAGAUGGCUAUAAUAGGAGGGCUGAUAACAGUGCAGUUCGUAUACGCGGGGAACUCUGUGUUGAUGGGUUAUUUGAUGUCACUCGGACUCGGCCCUUUCACCAUCGUCAUCUUCUCCACCUUCGCCACCUUCCUCAUUCUCUCCCCUUUCGCCCUCUUCUUCGAGAGAAAGCAGUGGCCAAGAGAGUUUAGUUUGAAGCUAAUGGUUAAGCUAGUUUUGAUCUCCUUUGCCGGGGUAACUGUGUUCCAGUCACUGUUCCUGGAGGGAAUAAGGCUGACAUCACCAGCAGUGGCAACAGCAAUGCCCAAUCUGGCACCUGCCCUCAUUUUCGUAAUAGCUUGGAUUUCCCGGUUAGAGAAGGUGAACCUGAAAUGCUUUUACAGCAAAGUGAAGAUCUUAGGUACGUUGUUAUGCGUAGUGGGAGCAUUUGCAAUGAGCCUCAUCCAGAGCUCCGACAAUGGAGUUUCUCGGUUGAUAGAGUUUGAUGAGGAGAGAGUCGUAGGAUGUCUGUAUCUUCUGGGAGCGGUCAUCGUGCUGUCGAGCAACGUUGUCCUGCAGGCCUCCACUUUGGGAGACUUCCCUGCUCCCGUGUCCCUAUGUGCCUUGACCUCGCUUAUCGGAGUUCUGAUAACAGCCGCUGUCCAGUUCUUCCAAAAUCAGAGCCCUCAACUGGCCAGACCCCUCAUCACCAUCCAGAACCUCGUCGCUUAUUCUCUUUUGGGAGGGACAGUGAGUGGAGCGUGCGUAAGCUUCAACGGAUGGGCGAUGAAGAAGAGAGGGCCGGUGGUGGUGUCGAUGUUUAGUCCGGUUUCCACCGUAGUUUCGGCUCUUUUGUCAUUCCUCACUCUCGGAGAGAUGAUCCCGCUCCCAAGCAUAGGAGGGAUGCUGCUGAUGUUCACGGGUCUCUACCUUGUCCUUUGGUCCAAAGGCAAAGAAGAAUUCUCACUUCUCCACUCUCCCUUUGAUGACUGUGAGUUCGAUGCUCAGAAGCCUCUUUUGUCUUAACCUCCCGCCUCCUCUCCUCUCUUUGUAAUUCUCCAGUGUUUUUCUCUUUCUUUUUUUAACCGGUUAUCCUGAACCAAGGUCCAGACUAAUUCUGAGAUCGAUAACCAAUCACAUGAUUUAGAAUAUACGUUCCCUCCUCAAACUUGAGAUUCAAAUUCGGGACGGAACAAACGCUUUGUGUUUCUGUUUCACCGGUUAAAUUACCUUUUUUCUUUUUAUUAUUACUAUUGUUUCUUCUCUUUUUUUUUAAUAAAAAAAUCGUUUUGUAAAUUCUUUUAUUUUUUGUGUCCCAUGGGAUUAAAUGUAUGUAUAUACGGUAGUUUUGGUCUGAUAAGAGUGUGGCAGAUCUAAAGAGGAAAGAUGUUCUUCCAUAUCCAUUUCCAUUU